AUGAUAAGCGGUAGUGAGACGUCGAAGACAAGUACCAGCAUUACAACGACUACAAGCACAUCGAUGAAUGUCGACAUCGUGUCGAAGUUUGUGCGCCGCGUGGAGUUCGGCACCACAAGAAAAAUCACAUCCUCGUCGUCCACAGCGAGGAGCAUCAUGAAGACCACUACAGAGUCAUCACAAUCAACAGCAGCGCAGGAACACCAGCAGGACACCAGCAGAAGUGGCCGACCAACUAUUCUCGCCCGCGUUGUGGACAUCCGGGAGCUGGCGAGGCGGGUUUGUGGUAAAAACACAACGAGUGGAACAGCACCGGAAGAGGAUUCUAGUACCGCUGCUACUGACGGGGACGGAAAUUCUUGGCGAAAGUUGCUGAUCGUUGGCGGAGGCGGAAGUAGUGAUGCAAAUC